AUGCCAUCCGAAUCCAGUUCUCCUGCAAUGUCAACAGCAACCAAGGAUAUUCUUAGCUGCGUGCAGCGAAUGAUUCCACCCAUGUUGGAGAAGUUCCACAAAGGGCAGCUGGGCCGCGUCGGUGUCCUCGGCGGCAGCGUUGACUACACCGGGGCACCUUACUUCUCGGCCAUGGCCAGCGCCAGGCUCGGGUGUGAUAUGUCCCAUGUCAUCUGCACACCCGGCGCCGCCUCGGUGAUCAAGACGUACUCCCCCAACCUCAUGGUUCACCCCCUCAUGCGCCAGAGCCCGUCCGACGACACACCCGGCGGCCCUGAGGCCGCACAUACGGACGCUGAGCAGGUCUCGCGCCCCAUCAUCGAGAUGCUCUCCCGUCUGCACGUGCUCGUCAUCGGCCCCGGCCUCGGCCGCGACCCGCUGAUGCAGGACACCGUAGCGCGGGUGAUCCGCGCCGCGCGCGAGAAAUCGCUGCCCCUGGUCCUUGACGCCGACGCGCUGCUGGUGGUUCAGAAGGAGCCGUCGCUGGUCCGCGGCUACAAGCUGGCGGUGCUGACGCCCAACGUCGUCGAGUUCUCACGGCUGUGCAAGGCGCUCGACGUCGACGAGGGCAAGGCCAAGGACGGGGCGGACGGGUCCGGGGAGGAGCAGAAGGAGACAGCCAAGGUCGAGGCGCUCGCGAAGGCGCUGGAGGGUGUGACUGUGGUGCAGAAGGGCGGCAAGGACUUCAUCUCGAACGGGGAGAAGACAUUGGUUGUCGACCUGAAGGGCGGGCUGAAGAGGAGCGGCGGCCAGGGUGACACGCUCACAGGGUCGAUUGCUACAUUUCUGGGAUGGAGGAACGCGUAUAUCGAGGGCCUGUGGGAUACAAGCGAUGGCAAGCUUGCGGAAGAUGAGCUGGUCAGGCUUGCUGCCUUUGGCGGCUGUGCCAUUACGAGGGAGUGCUCCAGACGGGCUUUCCUGAAGAAGGGCCGCAGCCUGCAAGCAAGCGAUUUGACGGAUGAGGUGCACGAAUCAUUCAUGACUCUGUUUGGAGAGGUUGAUGGAAAGGCGGGAGCUACCAAACUGUAA